CUGGAGCGACACUUAGCUUACAUAAUCCCCAUGUUUCCGGAAGACAAUAUAGUGCAGCAAGAUUCAUGUUUCAAAAUGGGGCCGAUACCAUACAAGUAGGUUGGAGGGUUGAUCCAAUGUUGUAUGGUGAUUCUAAGACUAGACAAUUUAUACGAUUGGAUGCAGGUCAAUCUCAUUGUUUCAAUACUAGAUGUCCUGGAUUCGUUCAUGUGAGAUCGGAUAUACCUUUGGACUUAGUCUAUCCACAAAUUUCUAUUCCCGGAAAAGUGGUGUAUGAAGUGCAACUUUACAUCUACCCGGACCUAGCUAAUGGAAACUGGUGGCUUUUAGCUGGAGAUGACAAUACCCAGGUUGGAUUCUGGCCAAAGAGAUUAUUCACUGAACUAGCAGACAUGGCUUCCUAUGCCGAAUAGGGAGGAGAGGUGUUUGGACCCCUGGGCACACCUUCUCCUGGAAUGGGCAAUAGUGAUUUCCCUACAGAUGAUACACUUUACAAUUCAUACUUCAAAAAUCUCGAAGUCAUUGAUGGUGGCGGGCAAAAUAUCGACGCCUCUAACACAGAGUCCUUUGCAGACAAUAUGACACGAUAUAAAGUUUUUGAUGAAGAACACACAAGUUUGAGACAUUUGGUCGUGUAUGGAGGCCCUCCUUCAGGCUGAAGUGAUUGAUCUUCUAGAUUAUGUUUUGAUAGUUUCUUACUAUCGCCAAUAAAAUAA